AUGGCCCGGCCGGUGCAGCUGGCGCCCGCGUCGCUGGCGCUGGUGCUGGGCCGGGCGGAGGCGCGGGCCGAGGAGCCGGGCGGGCGCGCCGCGUUCCGCGCCUUCCGCCGGGCCAACGCGCGCUGCUUCUGGAACCCGCGGCUGGCGCGCGCCGCCUCGCGGCUGCACUUCCAGGGCUGGCUGGGCCGCGGGGUGCUGCUGGUGCACGGGCCCCCCGCCAGCCUGCAGGUGCUGCGCGACGCCUGGGGCCGCCGGGCGCUGCGCCCGCCGCGCGGCUUCCGCAUCAGGGCGCUGGGUGAUGUCUUCCCAGUGCAAAUGAAUCCAAUCGCUCAAUCUCAGUUUAUACCUUUGGCUGAAGUUCUUUGUGGUGCUAUAUCUGAUCUGAAUUCAGCUCAGAUCAUGGUAACACAGGAAUCCCUAUUGGAGCAUUUGAAGAAUAACUACCCAGGCAUUGCAGUUCCACCUCAAGACAUCCUCUAUACCACUCUGGGAACUCUGAUUAAAGAAAGGAAGAUUUAUCACACUGGAGAAGGGUACUUCAUAGUUACACCCCAGACUUACUUCAUCACAAAUGCAAACACUCAGGAAAAUAAGAGGGGCCUCUCAGAUGACAGUCACCCACCGCCAACUGCCAUUACCUAUCUUGUGAGCAUGGGAAGCUGUGCAGAGUCAGCCAAAGACAACACUUCUCCCCUUUCCCACUGUCAGUCUUGCCGGUGCUUCCCAGGUGAAUGUGCUCAGGAUGUACACCGGUUACCAGCUACCGCCGAAGUGAUUGAAAAAGGCCAGAAAUGUAUCGGGGAAUCCAAAGCUUUGGUACGGAAUCAAGCAGUUUCCGUGUCAGAAGAGAAUCAUAUUCGUGAGAACACCAAGCCUGUGUCCUACGCAAAAGACAGAGAGAAAGGCAAGAAGUUUGGCUUUGGGCUACUCUGGCGCAGUGUAUCUAGGAAGGAGAAGUCCAGAACUGAGCACACUAGUUUCUCUGCCCAGUUCCCGCCGGAAGAGUGGCCUGUUCGAGAUGAAGAUGACUUGGACAACAUCCCUCGGGACAUUGAACAUGAGAUAAUCAAACGUAUUAAUCCCAUUCUGACGGUCGACAACUUGAUCAAACAUACUGCCCUCAUGCAAAAAUAUGAGCAGAAAAAAUAUAAUAGUCAGGGCACUUCGACUGAUUUGCCUGCAGUCAGACAUAAAAACUCACACAAGGAGGUGGUUAAGAACAGGCAGGGCUGGUCAGCAAAGCCUCGAAGGCAGGGCCAUUUGCGUAGGGACAGACAGAAGUCCAGGGGCCAGGGAAGCGAUCCUAACCCUGAAAGAAUUAGACUGCAGAAACAGCCCAGGCGCCUGGCUCCACACCCCACUUCCCAGAUUCAAAGCGGAAAUCAAGCAGGAGAGAAAUCAGGUGGUGAGAAUAUGCCAGUACUAGGCUCCCAUUUGAUUUAUAAAAAGCAAAUCAAUAACCCUUUCCCGGGUUUGUCCCACAGAGGUGGGCCAAUAACCAAAGGGCACAAUGUGCAGAAGACCGGUGAUUUGGAACCCAGUCAAUUUGGAACGAAGAGAAGGUCUGUCCGAAGGUCAAUGUCCUUGGGUUCCUCUAAUGUCCUUACGGAUGAUAUCAAAAAGCAAUAUGCUGAACAAUGUAAUGAUAAGAUGAACACAGAAACCGUUUAUAUGAAUAAUUCGACUGUCCAGCCUACCACUGAUGAGCUCAAAGAUAAUCUCCUCAGCUACCCUCAACGCAGUGCUUUGCAAAACGGUAGCACGUGCCUGUUGAAACAUGAUGCCUGUGGUGAAGAAAAUAAGGCACUCCUUGAAGGGUUGGGGAAAUGUUAUUCUCACUUUGACGCUCUCGGGGAGAUGAAAGGAACACUGCAUGACCUGCCACCUCCAGGCUCAACUUUUGAGAGAAAACCCUCUGUUUGUAGAUUUGUGGACAAAACAAUGUAUCAGUUUCAAAAUCUUGCUCUUAUGGAUCACUCAGUUGGUGCAAACCAUGUGAAACCCCCAGAGACCCAAUACAGAGAUUCAGGAGAACUCAUUAAGAAGACGUUUGUUCAGGACACGGAGACUGCAAGUCUGGAGAACGAAGGGCUUUCUGAUGAUGCCCAGACCUUCUACCAGAAUGGAGAGGAGGAGGAUGGUGCAUGCAGUUCAUUAUAUCUAGAGGAAGAUGACUUUUCUGAGGAUGAUGACUUAUGUCCAAUGUCGUCUGGCCACCUGCAGUAUUCCUUCACAGGUGAAAGCAAAGAAAACCAGUUAGGAAAACUAAAGAUGACUGAAAGACCUCUGACUGAGUACAACAGCAACACACCUAGUUUGGGGCCUCAAACAUUUAAUGGAAGCAGAUAUUACAAACCCACCCAGUGGCUCACUAACCCAGCUGAAAGCCAAAAGCCUUCUCACUCUGCUGAAAGCCAUGGCCUUACUCUGGGGACCUCAUCCAGUUUUAACUGUGAAGAAGAACCUAGUGUUGCUAAAAUUGCACGGGCCGCAGUGCCUGCUGACGGAAAUAUAUUUGAUUGCUACAGCAAAAGGAAAACCAGUUCUGAGGAUGAAACCCUUCAAGAUACCAUGGGUGAUGUGGCCAGUUGGAGUCCAAGUCUUCACAAUCAGGAUAUGAAAAAACAGCCAACACAAAAGUCAGAACUUUUCAGUACUUCACAUAUGCCGGUGUUAGCUCAGAAUAUCCAACGCGAACACAGUCACUUAGAGGGGACAGAAAGCCAUAGUAUGGCAGGAGAUAGUGGAAUCGAUUCUCCGCGGACACAGAGUCUGGCAUCUAAUAAUUCAGUCAUUUUGGAUGGACUGAAAAGACGACAGAAUUUUCUACAGAAGUUUGAAGGCACAAAGACCAGCCAGACGCUCACCCCCAAUUCCUUAUUACAACUAACUCCAGUCAUAAAUGUUUAGUUUUCAUUUUUCUUUCAGGAAAUGACUUUUGUAAAAAUGUACAGCAUUGAUACAGACUUCUGAUCAUUGACUAUAUAAUAAUCUCAAGUCAAUCAUAUAUACUAUUAGCCUCUUAUU